AUGGCAAUGACUUCUUCAGAGUUUACAUUAGCAGGAUCAUCUACAGCUUCUAAAAAGACACGUGCUUGCAGGCAGAAGUCAAAGACAGGGUGUACCACUUGCAAAAUACGGCGAGUCAAAUGUGAUGAGGCCAAACCAUCGUGCAUGCGAUGCAAAAAUUUCGGAAGGAAAUGUGAUGGCUAUGAGUAUAGUCCUAAGGAUAAGCCGGCCUGGCUAAUGGGCCCAACUAUAUCUACUGGGAUAUCUCAAGAGGUUAUAGAAACUCCAUUAGUUUCAAUACCCCCUACUAUUUCCGUAAUAGACUUUGGAAAUGAGCAAGAGGCUCAGUAUUUUGAUUUCUUCUGUAAAGAAACGGUGCUUGAGCUUGCUGGAGGUUCGGAAAAGAAACUAUUCAACAUCAUCAUCCUUCAGGCUUGUCAUACCGACACGUCCGUCCGACAUGCUGCUACCGCAAUUGCUGCCUUGAGCAAAGCUAUGAAAGCCUCGAAGUAUCUGGAUCAGGAUGAAGGCGAAGCUGGGUUCCAGAGGAUUUCCGAUCAAGUAGAAAUGCACCAUCAAUAUGCUCUAAAGCAGUAUGGAAAAUCGCUUAGGUAUCUUCGUAACCUCGUUCAGACCAAUGGCAAUACUCAAUUGGCAGAUAAGCACAUUUACAGUGCACUGAAAAUGAUGCACCAUCAUGAAGCAUUUUCAAGUCAUCCUCGUCACAAUCUCUUGUUAAGUUCUCCUGCACCAGAUCUGGUAGAAAAUGAGAUUGUUACCGCGUAUCUCCACCUUGCCUUGGCGAUAGUGACAAGACCAGAUGAUCCGGAUUCAUUGAGCUGCAAAGUUCUUGACCUCAUCUCCGUCGAUGUAUCGCCACCCAAUAUUCCCCGGCGACUUGGCAAUCUUGAAGAGGCCGAAUUUCACUUAGAACAUGUGCUAUAUCAUUCUCUCCCAAGUAUACCUAGAGCAGACCUUGAAAAACGCUUGGCAUCUCCAGCUCUAUCCCCUAAAGGUUUGGCAAUCAGCUUCUCAAAACUUCAAAGGCUUCAUCUGGAAGCGUCAUCUCCAAUUCUUACUGGUUUCGAAUUUCCUAUGUUCAGUUCCAUUUUUCAGGAUUGGCAGAGAGCAUUCCAGCCAAUCAUUUCUUAUGCACAAUCUCCUCUGGGUAAUGCAGAUUAUGUUGCUGCCACUACUCUUCAAAUCAAAGCUCUUUGCAUAGGACUUAUGGGCCAAGGAGUCUUUCUUGACUACCGAAUUUCUGAUCACUUCCUUCCCAUCUUUCGUCAAAUCAUUUCUCUCAGUCAAAAUCUUGUUUCUGAUCCCCGGUUCUUGAAGACGUUUGUCUUUGAUGCGGGGAUUAUUCCUUCUCUUUUCGUUGUUAUAUACGCAUGUCCUGAUCAAAAUAUAAGGAGAGAUGCGGUAAUGAUCUUACAGGAAGCAGCGCCUAGGCGUGAAGGUACUUGGGAUGCUCUGAAAAUUGCUACCAUUGGACAAAUGCUCCUGGAAGCCGAGGAAAUUGGACCCAUCAAUACGCAAUUAACCUUUUCGCCAUUGGACGAUAUCAAUGUGAUGUCGCCGACAUCUUAUGAGAAUGAAACACCGAUACUUCAAACUCCAAGACCAAGGCGAAAAUCUCUUCUUGUUUCUCCGCCUUUAUGGCAACGUGGUCCAGAACGAGGUUUUGGCAUCGACAUUUCUUAA